GCUGGCUGGUGCUGCCGCACAACCUGUUUGUUGAGCGCCCUGUGUGGCUUAUUAACACCCCGAGUUUAUUAUAAGCUGGCCCGAAUCCUAAUGGGGCUUUAAGUCGCCGUCGCCAGGAAGAGAGAGAGAGAUCUAGCUGUCUGUCUGACAGCAGACUCGACAGCAUAACGACUAUGUCCUGAGCUUGAAUUUGGCGACGGAAUUAGACUGAGAGAGGCUUUUCAAAUGUAGCUUGUUAGCUAGCUGCGUCGCGUACAGUGUACACACAGCCUUUUUGUUCUUCCCUUGGGCUGCCUCUGCACGACACAUUAUCACCAAUGUUAAGCACAGGUAGGUCGCAAAAACAGCGGCUGUUUCGUUGAAAGACGUGUCAAGAAUAACUCCUGGUUGUCAACCUCAGCCCCGGGGCUAACCCUCGGUCGCCGACCGCUUUAAUGGCCGGAAAUCCGAGGAGGGGCGCCGGUCUCAUCGGCUUGAUGAAGGACGCCUUUCAGCCUCACCAGCAGCCUCUCCAGCCUCACCAACCUGCUGUGGUCGAUAAGAAAAUGGUGGAGAAAUGCUGGAAACUCAUGGAUAAGGUGGUGCGUUUGUGCCAGAACCCAAAGGUCGCAUUGAAGAACAGCCCCCCCUACAUCUUAGACCUGCUUCCGGAUACCUACCAGCACUUACGCACCAUUCUGUCCCGAUACGAAGGCAAGAUAGAGGUCCUUGGGGAAAAUGAGUAUUUUCGCGUGGUCAUGGAGAACUUGACCAACAAGACUAAGCAGACGAUGAGCCUUUUUAAGGAGGCCAAGGAGAGGAUGUAUGAGGAGAACUCCCAGCCCAGGCGAAACCUCACCAAGCUGUCUCUGAUCUUCAGUCACAUGCUAGCAGAGCUAAAAGCCAUCUUCCCCAAUGGCCUCUUUCAGGGUGACAACUUCAGGAUCACCAAAGCUGAUGCUGCUGAGUUUUGGAGAAGGUCCUUUGGGGACAAGACCAUAGUGCCAUGGAGGACAUUUCGUCAGGCUCUCCACGAAUUUCACCCCAUCAGCUCGGGCCUGGAGGCCAUGGCCCUAAAGUCCACCAUCGAUCUCACCUGCAACGACUACAUCUCGGUCUUUGAGUUUGACAUCUUCACCAGGCUCUUCCAGCCAUGGUCGUCUCUUUUAAGGAACUGGAACAGUCUGGCAGUCACACACCCUGGUUACAUGGCCUUUCUCACCUAUGACGAGGUCAAAGCCCGACUGCACCGGUUCAUUCACAAACCCGGCAGUUAUAUCUUCAGGCUGAGCUGCACCCGGCUGGGCCAGUGGGCAAUUGGCUACGUGACAGCGGAUGGGAACAUCUUGCAGACCAUCCCCAAUAACAAACCGCUUUUUCAAGCCCUCAUUGAUGGAUACAGAGAGGGAUUCUAUCUGUUCCCAGAUGGCCGGGCACAGAACCAGGAUUUAACUGGGCUGUGUGAACCUUCGCCGCAGGACCACAUUAAAGUUACUCAGGAGCAGUAUGAGCUGUACUGUGAGAUGGGCUCCACUUUCCAGCUUUGUAAGAUCUGCGCCGAGAACGACAAGGAUGUGAAGAUCGAGCCUUGCAGGCACCUAAUGUGCACCUCCUGUCUGACCGCCUGGCAGGAGUCAGAGGGUCAAGGCUGCCCAUUUUGCCGCUGUGAAAUUAAAGGCACGGAGCCCAUUGUGGUGGACCCCUUCCACCCGAAGGCCAGUGGGGCUUCUUUUGCUGGUUUCCAGGGAUCCAGCAGAGCAGAAGUUGCUGGGAAUGACGAGGAAGAAGAUGAUCGCCUGGAGGACCAGCACCUUGUCAUGAGCAGGCUCGCCUGCACCAAGGUUGAGCGUCCACCAUCUCCAGUGUCUCAGCUGCCCCCAGUGCCCCCCCGACUGGACCUCUUGCAGCAGAGACCCUCUAGCUCCCACAGUGCACUGGGCCAGGGAGCCACAGCCAAGAUGACAGCCACUCACAGAGACAAGCCUCUACCUCUGCCUCCGUCCCUGAGAGAGCUGCCACCUCCUCCCCCUCCGGAGCGCCCCUCCCUGGUCGGCCCGGACUCCAGACUCCAGAGGAGACCCCUGCCCUCGACCCCCGACCAGCCCACCUGGGCUUCCAACUAUAUGGUCCCACGUCCUGCAACCAAGGCCCCCGCAGCCCUGUCCUCCAACCCUCAGAGCAACGAAACCAGUGGAGAGGGAAUCAAACCCCAGUCAGCCACCAACGCCGUCUACUGUCUGGCUGCACGGUCUCUGCCAGCGUCAGCGAUGUUGAGUGGGGAGAAGCCGUCGUCUGACUGCGAGGAGAAUGAGUACAUGAGUCCCACCUCUCUUCCAGCCACUGGUGCUCCCUGGGUCAUAACAGGCUCCUUGGUGCCUCCACCACCGGCCCAGGCAAACCAACACAAUGACAUCAGCAAUGAGGCAGGUGAGAGUGAUUCUGAGGACCCCCAAGUCUACGAGUCCAUGUGUAAUAUCCAGGCCCAGGCUGGUUCAUCUGAGACAGCACAGACCUCAGAUCUGGACCACCCUCAACAUUCAGCUGCGGUGUCCCAGGACAAGAAGGAGGAGACCAGUGUGGAGGAUGUUUACGAGUAUGACUGCCCCAGACCGGUCGUCCCUCCGGCCCCCACCAGAAGAACCCUGUCAGAUAUCAACGGCCCCUCAGCUGCCUUCAGCACCCUCAGCAUGGACGGUACAGCAGAAGCAAGUAUGUUUGCAGUAGGUGUCGACCCUGAACGUCCCCCCAAACCUCUCCCACGGCGAGCAAACUCCGACCGACGACCUCGCCCUUUAAACCGUGAAUAUCCUGCUCCGCUGCCCUACCUCCCCGGUGCUUCCUCUGCCUCCUCCCCUCCUCCUCCUCCUCCUGCUGCGGGCCCUGGAAGCCUGGCCCUAAACGGGGAGAUUGAAUGCCUGAUGUCCCAAGGCUACUCCAUCCAGGACAUCCAGAAAGCCCUGAUGAUCGCCCAGAACAACCUGGAGACGGCGAAGAACAUCCUGCGCGAGUUUGUCUCCAUCCCCUCCACGGCACACAUUGCCACAUAGUCACUCCAGUGACACUCAUCCUCUCUGUCUCGUCUCUGUCUCCACUCUGUGCCAUUAUCAUGGAUAGCAUUUACCAAGCACUUUUCCUGCAGGGCCAUGAGUACUUGCCGAAAGGCUUUACUCUGAGCAGUAACGCUGCGUUCAAGUCAUAUCGGAAGAAGAACAGCUACAUCAUCUGCAAGUUGUAAUCAUUGAAAUACCCAUAAAAAGUCAUUUGUUACAAACAUUGAACAAACUGCAGCAGGUGUUGCUUUUCUAAGAGGAGUUUCAGGGUGAAAAUGUAUUAUUUUGAUUAUCGUGGGCUACUGUUAAACCAUUGCCAAGUAUUUGACAUUGAAGCCUCAGAAUCCCUUGGGGCUUUUUGGCCCAGCUAGAGGAAGCCCGGGGAUGGCCGUAUCCAUCUGUCGGCUGGUGCAAAACCUUUAGUCCACUUUGGUCGAAGGAGCAGCUCCGUCUUCGAGACAGACAUUAGAUCUGAUAUGACCUGAACGCAGCAUACGUGGAGAGUCAAAGCCCUUGAACGUGUGCUCUAUGUAGCGAAGCUUUGACCUUACUGUGCUAUGCUGAGGUCGACUCGUGCUGUGGCAGUGUUUCCCCCCCCUCAGUCUGAGUACCUUCUCUCAUUAAGCUACCUGUUGAAGCUACACGGACUUUAAUCAGUCGAGGAAACCUGUGGGUCGCUGUUUUUGACUGUGUCCAGAGGGUGUCCCAGCGCCGGCAGCCGUUCAGUUUGGUGCUUUACAGGCUUCUCGGCAAAUCGUGGCGUACGAAUACGUAGCGACACCAGUUCGGUCGGAAAAUUAGCAAUUAACUCCGCGGUGUGUGUGCUCACGCUGAUGAAUGUGAAUGUUUAGUUGCAGUGAAGUAAUCCAGGGCUUCAUGUCGUACGUGUCACUGUGGCUUGCUCUGUUUCGAUGGUCAAUUGACAAGUUUAACAUGACUCCGUGUCUCCUCUCGGCUCCCCGAUCAAUGAUGGUUCUAUAAUGAAGUAACAAGAUUAAUGUUUAAGUAUUCUCAUAAUGUGUCGUGCUGUGUGUGGUACUAACAAUGGCUGAAUUUUUAGAAGUCAGUUUUUGUUUAGUUUUUUUCCAUUUAACUCCCUGGUUUCCUUCCACCUUUCGAGGUCGUCUGACACUGAAAAGCUGAUUUUAUUUAGUCAAAAGCUUAUGUAUACUCAUAUAGUUUCUUACUAAAAAGUGAAAAGACUUUUAACAUUGAGCUGUUACAUUUCCUCUCACACGUUUAUGUACGCAUGUUUAGAUCAGUACCACACCUAUACCCAGAACAGCUUCGCUGGGUGUACUGAAAAAUCAUACUGAAGGGAUUUACACUGAGCUCUGAAGCUAAAAAAAAAACAAAAAACCUGAAGUCGGUGUGUUUUCAUGUGGACACAGGUGCUCUGUAAUAAGCCAGGGUUAUAUGUACUGAUGAAUGAACAGAUGCUGAAAGGACGCGCAGGGAUGAUAUUAUAAUGUUGGCAGUGUCGUGGACUCAAGACAUAUUCUUACAGAAACGUUCCAGUGAUUGACUUUUUUUGCUACCUUACUUGCAUUACAUUGACACACAACCCACUAUAAUUAAUGUUUUGUUUUUUUUUUUUUUUUAAAUAUCAGUUUUGCAAUUUUUUCCCAAAGGUCAUUCACUUCCUCCAGUCUCAAACUCCGGAGAUUUGGUUACGAUAGGACACCCAUCAUACAUAUCCCAGUCCCGGAUGGACCAGUCACGGCCGUCAGACGUUUCAGCCACUGAGCAGUUCAUCAGUGUCGCAACCUUCUAAAGCAAUUGAUGAGAUAUUAGAGCCGACAUGAUUAAUCGAUGAGUCGAUCGAAAGCAAAUUAAUCUGCAACUAUUUUGAUAAUUGAGUAAUUAUUUAAGACAGUUUCUUUCAAGCAAAAAUAUCCCACAUUCCAUAGUUACAGCUUUUCAACUGUGUGGAUCUUCUGUUUUAUUCGUCUUGGGUUAUAGUGAAUCAUCAAUUUGGGCUUUAGGAAAUUGUAACAGGCAUUUUUGACAAUUUUCUGACAUUUUAUAGACCAAAUGAUUAAUCGAGGAAACUAUCAGCAGAUUAAUUGAUAAUGCAAAUAUUCCUAAACUGUAGCCCCACAAGUAAUACAAAUGAGAAUGUUUUUAUCAUUAGUAUUGCUGCAGUAGGGCUUCUGAGAAGGAGCACACUGUUAGUGAGUUACCGAGCACCAUUUGAGUGGUGAUUGAAAAAGAAAACUUGUGACAUCUUUGCUUGCACAUGGUUUGCACUGAUUUUAAAAGAGGAGACUAUCACUAUGUGUUGGAUCAAAUUGCGUUCUUGUUUCUCAACAUCCACGUGACAGCCACAACAUGGCUGUACACGUAGACGCCUUGUUUUUUUUUUUUUCGUCCACUGUAAAAAUUGCUAGGGAGAUUGCCGACCAUCCAGUGAGAUCUUUUCAUCAAAAGUCUCGUCUGUAAAUAAUUGAACGAUUCUGCUGAGUGACUGAAAUGUCAGUGUUGGACCAGGGCUAGUGCGAGUCUCAAGUCCUCAAUUCAAAAUCAUCAUCUGGACUUCAGUCACAUCCAUUCUCCCAACAAAAUCUGAGCAGCUGUCACUCCCAGGCACCACACCCUUUGCCUUUUUAUGUCACCCUAUCAGUGGAGUUUUUUAUAUAUGUUUUGUAUUGUAUAUUAACCCAACCACAGGAUCACAGGCACAUUGAGAGCAAAGAUGAAAAGAUGACUUGAGUCCUCAAAGCAGGGAGUCUGCUCUGAGGUCAGGGCUACAACAGUGAAGAAUGCAAAUAUAUAGUAAGAGAAGCUCCAUUUCACUGUAAUUGAUGGCUGUUCCAUAUUAAUGUGCACAUUCAGGAACGCCGCCAGAAGCCAGACAGGGCUGAGCGUCUCGUCUCCACUUUCACAUACACACAAACAGGAAAUCAUGUCUGAAGUUUCCCAAUUCCUCCUUUUUCUUUUCAAAAAUAGAGGAACUUUGGUCACACGAUUUCUGCAGCAACGUACACAGUAAAUGUGCCUUCUGUCAGUCACACGUCAGCAGAGAAACCAAAACACAUACUCCACAUUUACUGCUUAAAUGAAGUGGAAAGCUUUUUUUUUUUUUUUUUUGAGCCAUUUCCUGACUGUUUUGUCAUAUUCAAUACCACUUUAUCAAGACCUUCGAGUUGGUUCUUCACAUGGGGUCAGUCGACACGCAGCCAGCAUCACGGGAGAUUUCAAAAAACUGAUAAUUAGAGCCCAAUCAGUACGUUUUUUUUUUUUUUUUAGGUCAAAGAUAGAUUUCUGAGAGUUAAAUAAAUUCAGUCGUUAUGGACAUUUCCCAUAAAUUUGGUUGAUAAAAGUUUGUGACCUAGAUAUGUACGAAGUUGGACAUUUUACACUUGAAGAAUCCACUUUUUAGUGCUCCCUGGUGGACGAACUAUGUAAUGGCGACAGAGUUUCUAAAUAUCCUAAAUCGGAUCAGUGUUAGGGUAGUACACUGCAUUCAUCAAAGGAGAAAAAAUUCUAAUUUAUCUUGCAAGUAUAGUUGCAAGUACUUAGUUUUAUGAGGUACUAUUUACUAAUUCUAAUAUAUACUCUUUCAUAAUAAAUCAUUUCAAGUCUUUGUAACUUUAGUGAAUGCAAGUUGCUACUGUAAUUAGAUAUUUCUGUACUGCAGUUUCAUGUUAUUACUGUCAGACUUAUAUGCUGAAUCUGGUAUAUUUGUCAAUCUGUUAUAAUACUUUUUUCCCGGUCUCAGUCUGUAGAAUCCAUUCGGAGUUGCCUCCACGCUCUUGAAAAAAAAGCAAACAAAAGUAUGCCGAAUGUCAUUAAAGCACUACGGAUACAUUGAUGUAAAACAAAGACGAAUUGCAGUAGAAGGAGCAAAACUUCGGACCCCACUGGAAUUGUGAAGUGUAGAUUGAUCAGAUCCCCGCAGACAAGGCCGAGGUUGUUGAAUCUGGCAUCUCAGUUUUCUGUCUUGCUGCGAUCGCAUGGAAAUCUUGCAGCUUUAAAUUUAAUUGCCCCCAAACCAGAAGCAUUUCAAAGCAGCAGGCUGCCCGUUAUGUUUCCCCUCGGCUCGUUUUGAUGCAGACAGGAUGUCGUCAGCCCUUUGGCUGUGCGUCCACUUGAUCUCAGCGUCCGAACACUAACGGGGGACUGACUCUUGACCAUGAAAGUGCCACUGUGUGAGGAUACACUUGAGGCUGACAUCACUCCCAGAGGCUCAGCUGGCCCACACACACACACACACACACACACACACACACUUCCCCUCAGAGUUACAGGUAAACUCAGCUGGUGUGUUGGGGUUCAGAUCCACUGGUUAUUGAUACAUGUGGUAUAAUCAUGCUAACUAGCCUGUUCAACAGGAACUUGCCUACUAAAAAGUUGUCUUCAUUGCUUUGUUAUUGCCUGUGUAAAUAUGAUUUUAUUUAUUGUCUUUUUAAUAUCCUCAGCAUUCAUUGUGUUGCCAUGUUUUCAUGCCUAAGCCAUUAAGAUUUUUAA